UUCCUCACAGCAAAACAGGCCGGUGUGAAAAACUUGGACGAAUCCCUGCGUCAUAUGUUAACCAUGAUCUGGUCGCAAGAGGAGUCUAUUCGAAAAGCUGUCCUGGAUGCCUGUCGUCGCCUGUACUUUCAGCCUGACCUAGUGAAUGAGUCCUUCACCGCAGAUGGACGCCUCUCACCCGCAGCCCUGGCUGUUGUCAUUUCCGCACUGGUUCAGCUCGUUUGUCAGUCUUCCCUCGGUGACCUCGUCAGCCUCGAGCGCAUACUGAAUGAGCUGCUUCGCCUGGGUCAUGUCGACGAGGAUCUGAAAUCGGAACUAUGGACCCGCUUUAUUGAUUUGGCCGCUUCCCGAUCCCAACCUUGUGGCUCUUUUGACCGGGACAAAGAACUCAAGGCAUUGCUUAUUCUUCUCCAAAUGACUGCAGAAUCUGGACGCUCAGCCCUUAUGCAUCAUCUGGAUGACCUCAUAAAUUAUGGCCUCGGCAACCUGAGCGGGUUCAAUGUGGAUUUGGAUUGUGCAAUGCAUGCAUGCAUCGUCAUUCAGAAGUUAGCUCCGAGUGAGAAGCCUCAAAAGUAUUCGAAGGAAGCAUCGACAAAGACUCCGUCUGCAAACCCGUCUCUUGAGCCUUUCCGACUUCCAACGUCACACCAGUUGUGUGUUUGCCUACGAAAGCUGCUCAUUUCUACUUUUCCCUCCCCCACGCGCAUCGACUGGAUUCCACUCAUGGAACAGGCCGUGGCAACCAUAUUUCUCCUGAUUGACACUCCAACUCGUGCGAUCGGUGAGAUUAUCCGUGAGUUGGGUGAGUAUCUGCUAAAGUAUGAGAAGUCAGAAGGACCGCCUCCGGCAACAAAGAUGGAGGACUGUAACGGGGUCUCGAAUGAAGCUGCAGAACAGCCUUCUUCGCAGCCGUCUCGACCACCAUCUUCAGCUGACUCUCUUGGCAAAAGUCUGGUCGUACCCUCCUUCCUGCUGACGCGCUUCAUCGCCCUUAUUGGUCAUGUGGCGAUGAAGAUGCUCGUCUACCUGGAGUUCUCAGUGCUGAAUGAACUGAAGCGAAGGGAAAUUGCUCAGGAGGAGAAGAGCAACUAUCGCAAGAAGCACAAAACCCCCAAAUCUACACGUCCCUCCAAGUCCACUACAGACACGUCAUCCGGACCGGGUAGCGAGAAUAACAGUCAGAAUAACAGUGCCAUGGAAGAGGAGGCCGGUCUCGUUGGUGCCGUGGCGGAUGAUGCAGAGGCCGACUACAUUCGGCGGGUACUAGACAACGAAGUCCUUCUGCAGCCGGAUCACAUGCUGGCCCGAUUGUUGCCUCUGGUAGUCCACGUGUGCACUCACCAGAGCAAGUUCUCCGACCCUGACCUUCAGGUACGCGAGUUUUUCACGGCCGUCGUCGUUGCCGCCGCCGGCCUACUUGCUUUAGGUAUAUUUAUUUUUGAAAUCGCCCUCUGCGUCGAUGCUGCCGCAUCGUUGGCCCUGGUGAAGUUCAUGCUGGUUAGCGCUGUGGUCUGUGAACGUCAUCUGCAGUUGCUUUUCACGCUGGCAGAGAAGAGCCCCUCCGAGGUGGUUCGCGCUAAUCUUGUUGUUGGUCUGGGCGACUUGGCACGUCGUUUCCCUAACCUCAUAGAACCCUGGACGCCAAACCUGUAUGCUCGUCUGCGAGACUCCUCCUCCAAAGUGCGUAUAAACGCCCUCAACACCCUGAGUCACCUCAUCCUCAAUGAUAUGGUCAAGGUGAAGGGUCAAAUCAGUGAGAUGACGGUGUGCCUCAUAGACGACAAUGAUCGCCUCAAACAGUUGUCUCGCCUCUUCUUCCGUGAAUUAUCACAGAAGGGAAAUGCUCUCUACAACGUCAUGCCUGACAUUAUCAGCCGUCUCAGCGACGCCGAGGUGGGCGUAGAGGAGAGCAAAUUCCGGCUGAUUGUCGAGUAA